UACUUUCUAAGAUAAGGUCAAUUCAGCGACUUCGCAUAUCAUUGAAGCUUGGUUCGCUGGUAGAACAGUGCGUUUCGCGAAUUUGUUGCAAUCAAGUGCUGUUAAUUGCGAUAAGCUUUGUUUGUAGCUAUUUUUAUUGUCAACAACGAAGUGAUCAUGCCGGCGCUAGAAGUCAAUAAAGAUCUCCAGAAAGAGCGCAGCAAAUGUACUUUUGAUCGAGAGGAAUUCGCUGCCUGGUGGGCAGGAGGGGAGGAUAAACUUCAGGAGAAGCGAUCAAGAGAAAACUUCUUCGCCCUCCAUCCAGAUUUCCACGAUAAAGUUCCACUCCAUUUCGUUUCUCACCAGAAACUGUACGAGGAAACUAUACGUAAGGCAACAUUAAUCUUCUCGGAGGCCAAGUUACUCUUACAAGAGCAGGGAAAAUAUGAUACCAAAAACUAUGUACACUUCCUGGAUUCUCUGCUUGGGACGGGAUUGAUUAGAGAAGGCAAUCCUCUCAGGAUACACUUUGUGAUGUUCAUCCCGGCUAUUAUCGGCCACGCGGAUUCCGAGCAGCAGGAACGUUGGCUUGAGAAGGCACUGAACUGCAACAUUAUCGGAACCUAUGCUCAAACCGAGCUGGGUCAUGGGACGUACCUUCGGGGCUUGGAAACGACGGCAACGUUCGACGAGAGCACCGACGAAAUAGUUAUCAACAGUCCCACGUUGAGCUCGUUCAAGUGGUGGCCUGGGGCGCUUGCUCAAACGGUCAAUUACUGCAUUGUGAUGGCUCAGCUGUAUUCGAGGGGCAAAUGUCAUGGAAUCCAUCCAUUUCUGGUUCAAGUUCGGGACGAGAGUACGCAUAUGCCACUGCCGGGUCUGGAAAUUGGAGAUAUCGGGGAUAAACUAGGUUACAAAGGGGUGAAUAAUGGUUAUUUGGGUUUUACCAAUUUCAGAAUUCCUCGAACAAGCAUGAUGAUGAAAAAUGCGAGACUGUUGAGGGAUGGGACGUAUGUGAAGCCGGCUUCAUCGGUGUUGGCUUACGGCACAAUGGUUUUUGUUAGAGUGGUGAUCGUGAGAGAAAUGGCUCAGUAUCUCGCCAAAGCGGCUACGAUCGCUGUGCGAUAUUCCUGUGUACGAAGACAGAGUUUGAUUAAUCCUGAUCAACCGGAGGUGCAAGUGAUAGACCAUUUGACCCAACAGAACAAACUGUUGCCACAGAUCGCCAAGGCAGUUGCAUUGAAAUUGACAGCCGAAAAUUUAUGGCGAAUGUAUGAACGGAUGCGACAAGAUUCGGAUGUUGGUAGCUUGGAACGGCUGCCAGAGCUACAUGCUGUAGCAUGCUGCUUGAAGGCCAUUUCCAGUGCGGAUGCUGCCGUUGGCAUUGAGGUCUGUCGGUUGGCUUGCGGUGGUCACGGAUAUUUGUCAAGUGCGAAUUUUAUGAAUUUGUACAGCGUUGCCGCUGCGGCUUCGACAUACGAGGGUGAAAAUACUGUUCUUCUGCUGCAAACCUCAAGAUAUCUGAUUAAAGCUUGGAAUAACGCUCUGCAGGGGCAGAGUCUUACGCCUACGAUAAGCUAUUUGGGUGAAUAUGCAGGCAAGAUGAAAAAGCGAUUCCCGUGGAGUGAUUCCACGCCCGUCAUUAUUUCCGCUUUCCGAUCUGUGGUUGGUAACAGGCUGAGUCAGGCUUGGGAGCACAUUGAGCAGCGGAAGGCAUCCGGUUACAGUCUAGAGGAAGCAUCCAACAUGACCGGAUUGGAGUUGGUUCGCGUGGCGGAAAUUCAUGGCCGCUGGUUCGUUCUGCAGUCGUCUUAUGAAUUGAUUGAAAAUACGUGCCGAACAGCUUCGCCAGAGUUGUCGCGCGUACUGCAGGAGUUGUGCAAGUUGCUAGUUUACCACGAGGCGCUAAAACUUGUGGGGGACUUAUUAAGGUUCACUACAAUGUCAGAAAGAGAUCUAGUGCGGCUGCAGGAAAAAUAUGAAAUGUCUCUAGCAGCUGUGCGUCCCGAGUCCAUCGGAAUAGUGGAUUCUUUUGAUUAUCCGGAUUUCAUUCUUGGAUCAGCGCUAGGAGCCCACGAUGGGAAUGUUUACGAAAGGUUGUUCGAGGAAGCCAUGAAGAGUCCAUUGAAUCAGGAACCUGUCAAUAAAACCUUCGCAAUGUACUUAAAGCCACUGAUGAAAUCAAACUUGUAAAUAUUGAAGCGGAACAAUGAUUUUUUUCUUCCAAUAAACUCUAUCGGUCUCCUUUAGCUGUAGACCGGCGGGGUUUAAUUCCAUUAUGUUUAACACAUAAUUUUAUAUAAACGAUAUUAAUGACUGUGUAUUAUUAUUUAACAAAUUUUUCCCCAUUCGAUGUUUUUCAAAAAUUCAGAAGUCAAAUCGUUUUUCACAAAAUUCUUUUCUCUGACAAACUUUCAUUCAGUUAGAAUCCAGAUUUAUUGUUCAAUUUAUAGCAGCCAUCGUAGUAGGCGUAUCUGGAAUCGUUUGGAACUUACGAUCGGAUGUGUCGAAAAUAAUUAAGGCAGACCCUAGAUUCUCGGACUACGACAUCGCCAAAAACACAACCCUAACCAAAGUACCAUCCGGAGAAUUCGUAUGCGAGAAGGUCAUAGUAAUUUCCGUGCCUGCAAGCAACCAAUCAGCACGCUGAAGCAAAAUCUGAUGGCCAAAAGAUGCGCUCAAAAGUUGUACAACAAAGUAUUGACGAAGUACGAAGGAUGCAUAUUGAUGGAUGACAAAACGUACGUGUAGAUAAUUUUUGGACAGCUCCCACACCUGAAAUUCUAUAAGGCCACUGCCAGAGAAGAUGUCUACAGCAAUUUGAAGUUCGUUUUCGCUGAUAAAUUUUCCAAGAAGUCCUUGAUUUGGCAAGAGAUUUGCAGCUGUGGACAGAAAACCAAGAUUCUCGUCACAAACAAGACAAUGUAUUCAAAAAUGUAUGAGGAAGAGUGCCUGCAGAAACGUCUCCUUUGAUCUAUUAAGGCUCACAAAGAUUCGUUGUUUGGCCAGUUUUGGCCAGAUCUGACAUGCUGCCUCUACAGUUGAAAGGUGCUUCAGUGGUACCGUCGAUUAUAUUGAAAAAGAAGUCAUCAUAGAUCAGAUCCAAGUUGUUUGAAGAUUGGUUGUUCACGAGUGACACAGUAUUUCCGGAGGCGAAUUGUGUAAUUAUAGUUUGUCAUUAGAUGAGGUUUGAAAUCGCAAGCUCUUCUGUUAUCGAUUCGGAUAUAAAGUAAAAGCUAAAAAGUAAGAUAACUACCAAAAUGAAGCAAGCGACUUUGUUAUCUCGCGGUGCAGUUAAGGACGGACUGUUUCCAACUCAAAACGAUGCAUUCAUUUGUUUCUUCUCGGAAACUCGUACUGCUAAAAACAAUUUCGUAGUUUUAGUUUUCUGAUCCGGAAGUGGAUCAAUUCUGACGAAGAAGGGACUGAAUUUGUUAAUCGACAAUCCGUUUGUUUUUUUUUUGUCUCGAUGGACGGUUAUAGUCGAUAAUCCUACCAUUUUGUGCCAUCUCGAACGGAGAGGUUGGGGUUCCACUUGAAGCGCUGACCAUUAUUUUUGUCGUCGUGGUGGCUUCCAGUUUCGAUUUCCCUCCGAUCCAGAUUUCCUGGCUAUCGACAAACUUUCCCCGGCCAUUUUUGUCACGUUGGUGACGGCUGGUUUGGUAACUUUUAACGAUUUCGCAUUGCCUUGAUGGACAACCUACCACUUGUCCUCCAACAUUUUCAAUCGCAUGCAUUCAUUGUCAAUUCCUACGGAGUCAAUAAUCGUACAAAUAUUUCACCGACGGCUCAUCUUCCAGACGAUCCAUUUCAACAUUAAAAUUGUACAAAUUAAACACGAUAACAAAAGAACGUAUGAUCGCUCGUACUGAUUCAUUAUCAUUGUAGUUCUGUCUCCAACGUGAUAAACCAGACUGAUAUAUAGUGAUUUUCGCCUUCUCUUGCGAUGGAAGCUGUCCAUGCGGCUCUUUGGAACGCUAAGGGUGAUAUUGUUGGCAUGACACCACGUCUAAAACAUGUCCAGUAGCUCCUGAAGUUGGCGACAAUCGAUUUCAUUAUCAACGAUCACGAAGAUGAAUUGACUAGAAAAUGAAUUGACCAGCGUUGACCAGCGAGGAUGACUGAUGAACUAGUCCAGUCAGUGAUUAUUCUAACUGACUCGACUAAUGAAUACAAAUCUGCCUCUUCAUUCAACUGACUUCAAUCCACAUUUUUACCCCCUAGGAACGAAAUUGUUACCCGCGUACGCAAUCUUAUUUUUAAGUCUAUAUAAAGAGGAUAAAAUAGCGUGCAAAAUAGCGCACACACACUGCACGCUAUUUUAUACGUGUGAGUAAUUUUCGUGUACGAUACAAAAAAAAAAUCUAGCUCACCUGAAGCGUAUGUCAAACCACGUUGAACUCAAACAUCGAUGCAUGCAUACGUGAUACAUGAGAGAGAGGAACGAAUACGUUUUGGGGGAAGUCACCUUAAAAUGCAAUGAAGACGAUUUGACUGGGAAGAAUG